AUGGGUCAUGGGAUCGAUGAGUACUCUGUGGUCGAUUAUAUAGUUGGGUUGACUCGUGAAGAGAUAAAUAGUCGUGAAUUUGCAGCUGAAAUUAAUAUGCCAGUUGCAGAAUCUGAUUUAGCUUCGGUGGGUCGUUUUAAUGAAAGACAACGCUUUGCUUAUCUUGAGAUAAUGUCCAGUCUUGCUUCACCAAUUGGCUCAGGCUUUUUCAUUGAUGGUCCUGGUGGAACUGGAAAGACAUUUUUAUAUAAGGCAAUCUUGGCCACUGUGCGUUCAACCGGUGACAUUGCACUUGCAGUUGCUUCAUCUGGUGUUGCAGCUUCUUUGUUACCAAAUGGUCGAACAGCUCAUUCUAGAUUUAAAAUUCCGUUAAAUUUAGAUGAAUCUAUGUCAUGCUCGAUAAGCAAGAAUACUGCGCCUGCAAAGUUAAUAAUUGCAGCCAAGCUCAUAUUAUGGGAUGAGGCAUCGAUGGCAAAUCGAAAGGCAGUUGAAGCUUUAAAUUUAUUGUUGCAAGAUUUGAUGGAAAACCAGUUAUUGUUUGGUGGGAAAACAGUUGUUCUUGGUGGAGAUUUCAGGCAAACUCUACCGAUUGUUCGAAGGGGUUCUCGUGAAGAGAUAGUGGAUGCUUGUUUGGUAUUUUCAUCCAUAUGGCUUCUUAUUCGAAAAAUUCAUUUGACACAGAAUAUGCGGGCAAUGGAGGAUCCUGUUUUUACAGAUUUGUUAUUGAGGGUUGGUGAAGGCAUAGAGCCAAAUGUUCAUGACGAUUAUGUUAAUCUUCCCGAUGAUAUGUGCCUUUCUUACCAUGGUUCAGAUUCGCCUCUUGACACAUUGGUCAAUGAAAUAUUUCCAUCAUUUGAUGCAUAUUCUAGCGGUUCUUCGAGCCUUAUAAAUACCGCUAUUUUAACUCCUAAAAAUGAAUGUAUGGGGGAAAUUAACGAAUCAUUGAUUGGAAAAUUCCCAGGCAACAUGGUUGAAUAUGUUAGCACGGAUUAUGCAAAUGAUCCAAGUCAGCAACAAUACUAUCAAGAUUAUAUGAAUGCAAUUAGUGUUGGUUCAUUGCCACCACAUGUUCUUAAAUUAAAGGUUAAUUGUCCUGUUAUGUUACUUCGCAACUUAAAUCCAUUGGAGGGGUUGUGUAAUGGAACACGUUUAAUUGUGCGUGAUCUUGGUAGGCACGUGAUUGGAGCAGUCAUUGCUGUGGGGACCCAUUCUGGUGAAUAUGUUUUAAUUCCAAGGAUUCCAUUGGAGUUGGAUGAUACACACAUAUGUCCAAUUACUUUUAAGAGGCUGCAGUUUCCGCUAAGAUUGUGUUUUGCUAUCAGCAUCAACAAAUCUCAAGGCCAAACAUUGGAUCGUGUUGGUGUUUAUUUGCCUCAUCCUGUUUUUUCACAUGGACAGCUAUAUGUUGCUUUAUCAAGGGUCAGAACAUCAAGUUCAAUAAAAUUCCUGAUUCGACCGCCAGUUGCUGAUAUGGAUUCAACAUGUGAAACAAGAAAUGUUGUGUACACUGAAAUUUUGCAAGCGGCGACAUGA